AUGGCCAACAAAACGCUUAACAAUGUUCCUUAUGUGCCUAAUUGCCUAUCAGAAGCCAUAAACAAUAUUGACUCCAACUCGUCCUCAAUCAUGACCAUGCCUAGUGAUGAUUUGAUUAGAGUUAAUAAGCCUGUUGAUGAUGAGAUAGUUCCCAUCAUUGACUACUCUAUGCUCUUCUCUAAUGAUCCUGAGAAGCGCUCCAACUCCCUCCGUUACCUUAGCCAUGUCUGUCAAGAUUAUGGCUUCUUCAACCUGGUAAAUCACGGUGUGUCACAUAGCGUUUUCGAGAAUGUCCUCAAGGGAAUUUCUGAUUUCUUUGAUCCAACGGACGUGGAUGGCCGAAGACCGUACCAGGGAAAGAAUCCAACGGAUAGGAUCAGAUGGGGUUUGAGCUCUUCACUUGAGGAGAAUAGGGAACAUCUCAAGGUGGCUGUGCAUCCUCAAUUCCAUUGCCCUCCUAAACCAGCCCAUUUCAGCGUGGCUUUAGAGGAUUAUUCAAAAAGACUACGAGAGGUGGAACUCGAUUUGGCAAAAGCAAUGUCAAGAGCAUUGGGAUUUGAAGAGUGCUACAUAGAAAAGGCACUCAAUCUCAAAUCAGGAUUUGAUGUGUUUGUCACAAAUCUUUACCCACCGAAUUUCAAGUCCGAAGGCUCUAUGGGUUUGGCUGAUCAUACUGAUCCAGGCUUGUUUGUUUCUCUCAUACAAGAUGUUAAUGGUGGCCUCCAAGUACUAUCCCAUGACGGGAAAUGGGUCGAUGUUAAUAUGCCCCCUAGUUCCAUUUUCAUAAUCUUUUCAGAUCAUCUUGAGAUUCUUACAAAUGGAAAGUGCAAAAGCACUGUUCACAGAGUGGUGGUGGGCGACAACAAAGUCAAGAGGAUAUCUGCAUCGACACUUCACGGACCGUCGUUGGAGGCAUUUGUGAAGCCAGCAAUGGAGUUUCUGGACGAUUGUCACCCGCCGGGAUACCGUGGAAUGACAUACAAGCAGUACUUGGAAGCCACUGGGUUUCACGAGGUUGACGUCAAAUCUUGCCUUCAACAAGUUCUUGUUCCCAACAACGACAAAAACAACUGUUAUUUAGUAGACUAAAUAACAUAUCAUGUCUCAACUAAAAUGUCAUAAA